AUGUCGUGGACUCAUAGCCGGUCUACUACUCCACGUCGCCAAACGAGCUCCCCGAGCCCAAGUGGAGAACGCCUGUCCAUUGAGCCAAAGAGGGAGGUCAGGUCUGUCAGGAUCAGACUUCGCGAUCAGUCCGAGUCCAAGAGCGCAGAGUUCAAGGUCAAGGUCACCGUCCGGUGGAUUCAGCUCAAGGAACUUUACGCCAGGCAGCACAGCGACAUGGAUCCCACCUCUCUCCGUCUCAUUCUGGAGGGCAACAGGGUCGACCUCACCCCGGAUUCUGUUAUCGCCGACAGUCUUGACGAGGAUACCGUGGAGGGCGAGGUGAUCACCGUCGAUGUUGUGCUUGAGCGUUGA